AUGAGGGAUGUGAAUCAAUCGGUGACCUCUGACUUUUUUCUGGUGGGCCUCUUCAGUCACUCAAGGUCACCACAGCUACUCUUCUCCCUGGUGGCUGCCAUGUUUAUUGUAGGCCUCCUGGGCAACGCUGUCCUGCUCUUCCUAAUCUACAUGGACUCCCGACUCCACACACCGAUGUAUUUCAUGCUCAGUCAGCUUUCCCUGUUUGAUGUCGGCUUCCCGCUGGUCACCAUCCCCAAGAUGGCUUCAGAUUUCCUGCAGGGAGAAGGUUCCAUCUCCUUUGGGGGUUGCGCAGCUCAAAUAUUCUUCCUCACACUUAUGGGCGUGGCUGAGGGCAUCCUGUUGACCCUCAUGUCCUAUGACCGUUAUGUUGCUGUGUGCCGCCCCUUGCAGUAUCCUGUGCUUAUGAGGCGCCAGGUAUGCUUGCUCAUGGUGGGCUGCUCCUGGCUGGCAGGUGUGCUCAACGCCUCCAUCCAGACCUCUGUCACUCUGAACUUCUCCUACUGUGCCUCCCACAUCGUGGACCACUUCUUCUGUGAGGUGCCAGCCCUGCUAAAACUCUCCUGUGCAGACACCUCUGCCUAUGAGUUGGCAUUGUCAAUCUCGGGGGUUCUGAUCCUUGUUCUUCCCCUGUCCCUCAUUACCACCUCUUACGGCCAUGUGUUGGGGGCCGUUCUACGCAUGCGCUCAGAGGAGGCUCGAAAUAAAGCUUUCACCACUUGCUCCUCUCACAUCACAGUCGUGGGGCUGUUUUAUGGCGCAGCAGUGUUCGUGUACAUGGUACCAGGUGCCUACCACAGCCCACAGCAGGAUAACGUGGCCUCCCUCUUCUAUGGCCUCGUCACUCCCAUGCUUAACCCCCUCAUCUACAGUCUGAGGAACAGGGAGGUGCGAAUGGCAUUAGUCAAGGUGCUCAGCAGAGCUGGGCUCAGGCCAAAGUGA